CUGGGGAGAAUCAGAAAGCAUUCUAGUAAUGUGGAAGACACACUCUUACAAGACUAAAGCUGUAUCUUUGUAAUCACAAGGAUCAAAAGAGCUGGAAGAGAAUAACUUCUUACAAAGUGAGUCAGUGUUAUUUAAUGCUGUUCCCUUGUACCACCAAAAAUUCCUCUCUUCCUACCCACAGAGUAUUAUAGCCCAAUAUCGUUUUCAGAAUGAGCUCAGGAACUAUGCAUCAAAGCAGAGAAGUCUUUAAACUAUUGAUCUCUGAGAAAAUCAAUGAGACCUGCUCUCUUUUGAUCUGGCCAAAUUAAUAAACUUGGUUAUGUUUCCAGGCUAAAGAGGAAAUGAUGGACAAUCGAAGCUACUCUAAUCUGCCAGAAAAACUGCCUGUUUUCUCUGAUUCUGUCCACUUGCCACUGACCAGGUCCUUCUAUCUGGACCCCAUGGUCACUUUCCACCUGUACCCUGAUGCCCCAGUACCAUCCCCUUUCUCUGAAGACCUGCCAUUGCUGCCUUUUCCCAAUGAUUCCCUGAUCAUGGAAAAUUAUGGUGAACCCUGCUCCUUCUCCUUCCCCAUGCCUUAUGCAAAUUACAGAAGGUGUGAAUAUGCCUAUGGGCCAGCCUUCAUCCGGAAAAGGAAUGAACGGGAAAGGCAGCGGGUAAAAUGUGUCAAUGAAGGCUAUGCCCAGCUCCGACAUCAUCUGCCAGAAGAGUACUUGGAGAAACGACUCAGCAAAGUGGAAACCCUCAGAGCUGCUAUCAAGUACAUUAAUUACCUGCAGUCUCUUCUGUACCCUGAUAAGACCGAAACCAAGAAUAACCCUGAGAAAGUUUCCUCCAUAAUGGCAACCACCAGCCGCCACAGUGACCCCAUUUUUAGAAUCAUUUGAUCCUAAACAGAAACAAAUAAUUUCACAAAAUGGAGUCUUUUACAGCAUCAUUAAAUAGUUUUUCCUAAAUGUAAUUUCUGAAUAGGCAAAUAACAGCUCAAAUGUUAACCUAUGCUGGCUAUUUCUUACGGGGGUUUCAGACAUAUGACAAUUACCUUAUGUGGAUUGAGAAGAUGCAUCUUAAGCUUUGGUGAUUUCUUUCAAGAACUUUAGAGGAGCAGAAGUCCCCAGGAUUCUCUGUAAAUCUCCCCUAGCCCUUCUCACACACUUGGCCAGAGUCUCAGCCAUGAGACACUCUCACAAAAGUAUUGUAAAGUAUGACUAAUGACUGCUCAAUGCUUGUAAUGCGU